AUAUACGUUGAAACAUUAUCCGGUAUGACUGUAUCAUUAUAUGUUGAUUUCAAUGAUACACUUGAUCAAGUAAAGGCGAGAAUUCCAAUUGAAGGUGUAUCACCAGAUCAAACAAGAUUUGUUCUUGACGACAAACAACUUGAAGAUGAACGUACUCUAACAGAUUACGAUAUGCAAGAUAAUUCUACGCUACAAUUAGUUUUGAAAUUAAGAGAUGAC